UGGACAGUAAUGGGUUCGCCGCGCGCGUUGCUUGCUGUUGCAUUAUUGAUCAAAGACUCUAUGAGACGCAGGCAAACCGGCAGCGCGGCACAUGGCCUGAUGACAUCAUGCUCCAGUAUCACUCCCCUCCCUCCCCAGCCCUUUCUUUUCUAUUCUCCGUCUUUCUCAGCUUCUUCCCUCACUCAUUUCUCUCCCCUUCUCUUUCUCAAUCCCCCCUUCGCUGGAGCUCACCACAUGACCCCUGCUACCAUCUGGAUGGGCGUGCACGCCACUGCCUAUCCGAUUUUAUUAACGCUGCCUACGGUGUGCCUGUACAGGCUGAAGACCUGCAUCAAGGAGCUGAGAGAAACAUCAGCACACUGACUGACCUCCAUAAUCCCCAUAAUCUGACCUGCUGGAAAGCUUCAGAAGGUUCAGUCACCAGGAACUGGACCUUUACCGUUCCGUUAGGCAGACGUUUUGAGGUCACGUACAUCAGCUUACAAUUCUGCCAGCAGGUGGAGCCCACUGAUCCUUUCUCCAUUUCUAUUCUAAAGUCAAUGGACUACGGUCGUAGCUGGCGUCCCCUGCAGUACUACUCCAGCGACUGCAUGGGGAGAUUCGGCCUUCCCGCUCAGUCUAUCGCUCAUAGCAGACACCAGGAGACUGAGAGUCUGUGCUCGGAUCCAAGGCCCUUGCAGAAACACCGUGGUGGGGUUGUUCUGGCUUUUUCCACUCUAGAUGGACGUCCUUCCUCCUCUGAUUUCGAAUACAGUCCAGGCCUCCAGGACUGGGUGACUGCCACUGAUAUCAGGAUAGUAUUUCAUCAAUUACAGGGAAAAUUAGUCAAGCAAGACAAGAAGCCAGAUGAAGUCGGUGAGGUUCUUAAAUGGCCAGUGAGAUCUUUUGAUGAAGUGACUCAAAAUGAAAAACAAAGAACAGAGAAUGAAUGGAUUAAAAGUACUGAAGUAAGGAGACACAGGAAAGAGGAAAAGCUAGAAAAAAUAUCAAGAAGAAAUCGCAACAAGAAUUCCUCCCAAGAAACUGGACACAAUGUGACCCGCAAACAAACUGAGACUCAAGAAGGCAGAGCAAAAGGACGAGGCCAUAAGAAAGAGACACCUCAGUGGAAGCCAUGCCAGGAUGCUGUGUGUGAUUGGAUGAUAGAAAAGCAGGGCCAAAGCUCUAAGAGGAAGGAGUUGAGGAAACGGCGAAACAAUGCAGGAGAAAGAAAAAGAUCUCGUGAAAGAUCUCGCUCCAGAUUAAGAAAUAAAGUUCUCAAUCACCGCACACCAUCUGCUCUCUCAACCCCGCCCACACUUCCUCUUGCUCUCUCUGAUAUCCAGGUGGGCGGCAGGUGCAAAUGUAAUGGCCAUGCAUCUCGUUGUCGUCGUGAUGACAAAGGUCAUGCAGUAUGUCAAUGUGAACAUCACACAGCUGGACCAGACUGCGAUGUCUGUGAGCCGUUUUAUUAUGAUCGGCCAUGGCAACGCGCCACACCCUCCCAGCCACACCCGUGCGUCCCAUGUCAGUGUAAUGGCCACUCCAAUAAGUGUAGGUUCAGUAUGACGCUGUUCCAGCAAUCUGGCCGGGUCAGCGGAGGAGUGUGUUUGAAGUGCAGACACCAUACAACUGGACGCCACUGUCAGUUGUGUCAGAAUGGAUACACACGUGACCACAGCAAGUCCCUCAACCAUCGCAAGGCCUGUCAACCGUGUCAGUGCCAUCCUCUAGGCGCAGUGGGCCUAUGGUGUAAUCAGUCCACGGGCCAAUGUCUCUGCAGAGAGGGAGUUACAGGACAAAGAUGUAACCGCUGUGCCCCAGGAUACAAACACGGCCACUCACCCCUCCGGCCCUGCAUUCGCAUCCCAGAAGCUGUUCCACCAACCCCAGUUUACCAGCCCCAAUAUAGCAUAGCUGCGGAGUGCCUCUCUUAUUGCCAGCCUUCUCUAGCCAAAGUAAAAAUGAAUUUAGAGACAUUCUGCCUCAAAGAUUAUGUGCUUAAGGUUCAGGUUAAGGCUAAGGAGCGCUCUGGUCCAUGGUGGCAGUUCUCAGUGUGGGUGCAGUCUGUUUUCCGUUUUGGAUUGUCUCAAGUUAAAAGAGGUCUCCAGACCCUCUGGAUUCCUGAUCGUGAUGUCAGCUGCGGUUGCCCCACCCUCCAAGUGGGCAGGACAUUCCUCUUGAUUGGUGCAGAGGAAAACAGGAGAGGCUGGGCCCCAGGAGAGAGACGACUGGUUGCCGAUCGCUCCACCAUGGCCCUACAGUGGCGAGAACACUGGAAUCCCAAACUAAGGGGAUUUCGUGGCCAGGACAAUAGGGGGAAGUGCCAUCAACACACAAACUCCACAACACGGACACACUCACUUUUACACACACAUGAGAAAUACAUCCCACCACAUCUUGAGAACUUUCAGCCUGAGAGGCGGCAUAUAUACCAUCAGAUAUCUACAAAGUCUGAAGAAACUGCUCCCAACACACAUCAAGAUAGCACACAUACACAGGACAGACAAAGACAGUUUGAUCAUGACAGAGACAAAUUCAAGAAUGAUAAGACCCAGAAUAUUUUGCAGGAAGCACAUCAUCCUCCAUCUGAUUCAACAUUAAAAACUAGCCCGUCUAAUGAGUCUCAGCAUCUCCACACAACCAGUUUGCCUACAACUUUACCAGUGCGUUCUAUAACACAUGGACAGCAGGAAGAAAGCUCACCAGAAACCGAAGGUGCACAAUAAACAGAUGAUGGAGUUAGUUAUACACUGCACAAAGAAAUCAUUAGUUCGGCUUUCUACUAGAAACACCACUCUUACCCCAGUCACCAAAGCUGGAAGACACAUUAACACACAGGAUUAGUUUAGCAUGAAUAUAUAGUGAUAUUCGGCCGGUUCAUAGAGAUUCAGGGUUGAUAUUUGCCUGUGCUUUAAAGCAUAUGUUAGACGGAAAGGAUUUGGUAUGAUAUUUAAUUUUAUACCAAAGUGCUAUUGAAUUACUCAACAUGUUUUAUCAGAAGGUGUUCAUUCAUCUUCUAUAACAGCAGCUCUGACAAGUAUAUUAUAAAGUAUCGUCUUUAAUUCAAACAACAGGUUUAUAUUAAGGUGUUCAUUCUGAAACAUUAUCAUUUCACAGCACAGAGACUUGUAUUGCAGACAUUUCACAUAAUCUAAACCUAAUUUUGAAAAAGAGCUGUUAUUUAACAAAAAAAGGAGGGUUAGUAAGGAGGGAUACUUUAACAUUAAUAGAAGGAGUCUCCAGUGUUGUGCUGUUGUGCCAUGGGACAAUCGUCAGCAAAGGGAACUGUGUACUUUCUGGGUGCUCACUAACACGACAAGCUUUUAUUAACUUCAAGAGAGGGAGAAAAAAGGGAAGCUUGUGAGAGAAUGAUAUGCUACAAUAUGAGUGCAAACAAGAACUGACUUCUUUUGCAAACGUUCAAUAGAGUGUAACUAAAUUGAAAAAAAAAACACCUCUAUAUAUACUGUAUACAUAUAUAUAUAUAUAUAUAUAUAUAUAUAUAUAUAUAUAUAUAUAUAUGUGUGUGUGUGUGUGUGUGUGUGUGUGUGUGUGUGUGUGUGUGUGUUGAUCUUUAAUUACAAAAAGUUGUUAUUGUUGGGAAAUUUCUGUGAUAUUCACAAUGUAACAUUGGAGUGGUAACAGCAUCACACCAUGUGGAAUCAAAUCAACCCCUUCAAAUUCACAAGAAUGCUCUUGUGUUUUGGUUCAAUGUCUCACCAAAUAUCUUGUUUCUUACUAGAGACCCAAAAUGAGUGGCUGCAUCUGGCAGGCCAGUUGUUUUUUUAAAUGAAUAUUAAUGACAGAACAUUGCACCAACUCUGACAUAGACAAAAGUAGUUUAUGUGUGUGCAGCAUGUCAAAAAUAGUAAGAGGAAGUUUGGGGAACGAAACUAGCUAGAUGUUAAGAACACUCAGAUAGGAGAAGUGGUUGUAUGGGCUUGAUUAAAAUAUCUGUUCUGUGAAAGAAAUUUACUAAAGUAUAAAUAGCAACUUUAAAACACUUCUACCUAAUUCAUGUCUUAUUAACUGUGAAAUCUUUCCAGUUAUAUAACUCAGCUGGUAUGCACUAUACUGGUUGAAUGUGCCAGACUAAAAUUAUUUAUUGUAGCUGACCCCAAAUAAAUGUAAACUCUUAAUAGAAACAGUUUGUUAGUCCUUAUUAUACUUGCAUGCUAAUAAAAGCUGUGUGUCUAAGAGUAGCCGACUGAUACUUUUGAUCUUAGCAAGCUCCAGAGACAAUAACUUAGUCAGAUACACAGUCAAUAGCAACCAGAUUGUUGUUCAUCAGUUGCCAAGACUCUGAGAUUGUCUUGUGUCCUUAAUGUCCAAGAAGACUGACACUGACACCUCAUUGUUCCAGCACAUACAGUAUGGCCAAGCCUGUGUAUGACUUGUUCAACAAGCCUGAUGGAAAACUGGGAUGAUUUGUCUGGCCUGCAAAAUCACCAAACAUAAAGGAAUUAUCUUAAAACACCUUUGAUGACUUUACCUGACAAAAUUAAUGCUGUUAUUUAGACAAGUAGAUGCACACCCAAGCAUUAAGGAGUUCUAAAAAAAGGAGUUCCUUUGGUCUCACACAAACAAUUAUAAAUUUAGAUUAUAAACUGAAAUGUGUCAAGAAACAAAUUAUAAAUAAAUCAUAAUCUAUAAAAUCUUGAAAGUAAUUUCUGGCUUGUCGUUUCGAUGUGAAGCUAUGAGGGACAUUUCAAAAUGGUUCAUUAAAGAAUUCACAAAACCCCCAAAACCCCAAUGUCAAGUGAUUAUUUCAUAGUUUGAGAAAAAUCGUACAAAGCGUGUUUGUUCUUGGUAAAAAAUUCACUUAUGAAACCAGUUCUGAAUGAUUUGACAUGUGGUGUUACAAAAAGGAAACAUUUCACCCAGAACAUUUCUUCUAUUUGUCAUGAUUAUAUCUGUAUCGUGUGUGUGAUUGUAAUCUGUGACGGGUUAGUACCG